CAAACUGGACCCUUCAUACCACCUCUUUUUCCGUCCAUAUACAUUUUCUUUUAUAAGAUUUCAUAUGAUUCCAACCUGUCGUCUCCACAAUUUUCCUAAACAGACCAAUCCCGAUUCUCUCCUUCAUUUAAUUUUUCCAAUUAUCAAUCCAAUGAUUUGAUUUUGGUCAUUAAACAACUCAAGUUCAUUUGAUCUUGGUUUGAACCUUGUAUUAUUAUAUAUAUGACAAACAUUAUUCUACCAUUACAUGCUAUAACACAUACCCAGAACAAAGAAAAAAGAAAAGAACUUACUUUUCAAUCUUGCCGGAGGAAUGUCUCCGGCAUCUGGAUCAGAGGUUCCGCUCCUACCAGACCACCGGAAGCCGGGGAGGCAAGCUUCGUUGUCCGGGGCUGUGUUUAAUGUAUCCACGAGUAUAAUUGGAGCUGGGAUUAUGUCAAUCCCAGCCACCCUCAAAGUGCUUGGUGUGAUUCCAGCUUUUGUGUUGAUUGUGAUUGUUGGCUGUUUGGUUGAUAUCUCUGUGGAAUUCUUGAUGAGAUUUACGUAUUCUGGUGUUUCCACUACAUAUUCUGGUGUCAUGAGGGAGUCAUUUGGACGGCUAGGAUCUGUUGCUGUUCAAAUAUCUGUGAUGAUCACUAAUCUUGGAUGCUUGAUUGUUUACUUGAUCAUCAUUGGGGAUGUUUUAUGUGGGAAUCAGCCUGAAGGAUCUGUUCAUCUGGGUGUUCUGCAAGAAUGGUUCGGAUUUCAUUGGUGGAAUUCGCGGGUUUUCGCAUUGCUUUUCAUCACUAUCUUCGUAAUGCUUCCACUGGUUUUACUCCGGCGUGUAGAAUCAUUGAGCUGCAGUUCGGCAGUAGCUGUUCUACUGGCUGUUAUAUUUGUCGGUAUAACCUCAGGUUUGGCAAUAACUGCACUCGUGGAAGGCAAAACAAAGAACCCGAGACUGCUUCCUGAAUUGGACAAUGGAGUUUCCUUCUUAAACUUGUUUACUGCAGUCCCAGUUAUCGUUACAGCUUUCACAUUUCAUUUUAAUGUUCAUCCAAUUGGGUCUGAACUAAGCAAGCCUUCUGAUAUGAUAUCAGUAGUGAGAAUUUCGCUGCUGUUAUGUGCUGCAAUAUACUUCACCAUAGGCCUUUUCGGGUACGUUCUUUUCGGAGAAUCAAUCAUGGAGGACAUACUUGUUAACUUCGAUCAAAAUUCAGAUACUGCUGUAGGCUCAUUACUUAAUGACAUAGUCCGAUUAAGCUAUGCAUUGCAUCUUGUUCUUGUGUAUCCUCUCUUGAAUUUCUCUUUAAGAUCGAACCUGGACGAGUUCCUUUUCCCGAAGAGGCCUCCUUUGGCAACAGACACUCCCAGAUUUGUCGCUCUUACAGUUAGUCUACUCGGUUUUUCUUACCUUUUAGCCAUUGUUGUCCCAAGUAUUUGGUACCUUUUCCAGUUCUUGGGAUCAACUACUGCAGUUUGUCUCGCUUUCAUCUUCCCGGGCGCUAUCGUUUUAAGGGAUGUUCAUGGCAUAUCAACCUCCAAGGAUAGAAUUAUAGCGGUGAUAAUGAUAGUUCUGGCUAUUGCAACAAGCAUAAUUGCAAUUUCCACCAAUAUAUACAGUUUUAUGGGCAACAAGUCAUGAUUCUUUUUUGCAUUGAAGAUCUUGUAGUGCUUGUAUUCUUCAAUUUUCCAGCGCAGAUGUGAAUUUUUCGUCGGUGUUUGAUUUAUGUAAUAUAGCUUAGCUUGAUUCUUUCUCUAAAUAUGUAAGAAGAUUUCUUUGAUUAAUCAAUGACCAAGGACGUUAGAACAACACA